AAUGGAAUGGUCAACAUUACGAGUUUGUGCCCUUCUUUUUGGUGGACUAAACUAUUUUUUCAAAUGUAGCUUUGCCAUAGGUUCUUGCGAUAUUCCAGUUGAUUCCCGUGUAAAAGUAGGAGAUACCGACAAUGGAAAGACUACAUGUGAUGUUGGACAACUAUGUCACGAGGUGGGCUAUGGCUGCUACUUUAGAACCAGUGAAGUGAUUGGUUUUAAAAAAUAUAUAGAUGGACAAGAUUGUGCUGGUUCAGAUAUUGGACUCUAUGUUGUCUCUACAGUGAAGGAAUGUUCCAGGAUUUGUCUAGAAGAGAGUCAGUGUGCUGCAUAUGUUAUGGGAAUGCCACGUAGUUGCUAUUUGAAAACAGAUUGUAAAAGUUACUAUACUUCCUUAACAUCGUAUCACCGUAUUGCUGAUAAAAGAUUAACAUGCUUUAUUGGUGGAUAUGAAGGAUCAGCUGGCACAGCAUUCGGCUACUUUCAGAAAGAGACUGUAAUUUCUGAUGCUAAAAAUCAAAAUAAAGCGAUUGCUUUCACUCCAACAGGCCUAUACUUGAAGAAAAUGAAUUUGAAUGAAAUUACCAAAGAUUAUGAUAAAAAUAUUUGCUUUUAUGGGAAUUUUAUUUUCGAUGAAAAACUUGGAACAAAAACAGUCUCUAAAGAACAUAAAUUUUUUGAUAAUGACGAAAUGACAUGUGAAACAAUUGGAAAAAUGCCAAUAACAGUUAGAUUUCCAUGGCCAUCAGUGGACAAUAGUUUAAGUCAAUUUAAAGUUGGUAUUAAAGGAGAAAAUUUAAUUUGUUAUUCUGGGUUUCAAGGGAAAGAAAUGAAUGGAAUAAUUGUUUAUCUACCUUUAGAUCAUCAAAUAAAUUCUUCAUUCAAUGGAAAUUUUAUUGCAUGUAAUCUGAUUCUUGCCUCUCCAGUUGAAUGCCAGUAUAAUUGUAAUUGUGGUGAUGACUUUUGUCAAGCAUUCUACAGUAAUAUAAAUGAUAAAAGAGAAUUAAUGAAAGUCUGUGAAAUAGAAACAAUAAUAGGAGAAGCCAAGGGGUCAGGACAUUUCGGCCCAGGACAGUUCGGCCCACUUUUGGACAUUUCGGCCCAUUUUGGACAUUUCGGCCCAGAACAUUUCGGCCCAUUCUAA